AUGUGGUUGAUGACCCUUUUGGUUGUGUCUAUUUCGAAUCCGAGGUCGCCGAACCAGGCAACGACGGAGGGUAACUGGACCAAAAUCUACUGGCCGGCCCACACGGCGCAGGGCCGCGAGUACCUGCUGCUCUCGCACCCAGCCGGAAGCAGACUCUCGCCCCGGAGCGAGGACAACACGGGCCGAGGGCCGCGUGUCAAACAGUGUGCCUUCUGGAAGCAAUUCUUGCCGCAGCUCUACGCAGCCACA